UGUUAUUAUCGCAAGCUAUUAUUACAAAACCGAAUUGCUGCAUUUGAUGAAGCAAAUCUAACCAAUGAACCCCCAGAUCCUGUUACAAUUUAUAAUGCAAUUCAGUUUGUUGCACAGGCAUGGAAUAAGCAAAAAACUAGUAUUCUUCCUUUUGCAGAAAUUGAUGAAUGUCUGGAUACAGAAGAUUUAAAAAAUCCUGAAAACUCUAAGCAUUUAAAUAUUUCUAUACAUGAGUUUAUCGAAAUUGAUAAUAAAUAUGCAACAGGUAAAAUGCCUACAAUUAAUGAGCUUAUAGAAGAAAUACAAGAAAGUGAACCUAAAGAAGAAGAACUAAAGAAACAAAAACCUGUUAUACUAACUCAAGCUGUUACCGGAAUAGAUUCAGUAUUGGGUUAUAUUGAACAGCUUGAAUCGAAUUUUCAAAUUGAUAUUAAA